AUGGGAAAGUCCUUGACUUUUUCCCUGGGGAGGUGUCAGCUGAUGACAUUAACGAUAUCAAGACUUCAGGCUUCUAAUGCAAACAAGUAUGGGGUGGACCAGGUGGUUAAAUUAGUCGAUAAAGAAAGAGCAAACCUGGAGGUUACAAGAAAUGGUAUUGAGUUGGAACAACAAAGCCUCCGACAAAAACAAAGAUGGUUUUGAACUCGGAACGUAAGAACCAGAUUUGUUGAUGUAGAGUCUGAUUACUUUUGUUCUUAUGGGAUCAUCAUUCAGAAUACGGUUGUUGCAGUAGCUGGAGGGUAUAAGUAGCAAGCAGUGGAAUUGAGGCUUGUACGGGACAAGGAAGUGCUUGAUUGAACAAAGGAUAUUGUGGUCCCAUGACACUCUCUUGGACUCCAACAGAUCGUAGUGGAAUUUGGCAUAUCUUAUAUCAAAAUAGGGAAAU